AUGCCAUGGCGGGCCGCCCCGCCGAGCCUGCGCGGUUCCGAGAAGAACAGUAAGUACGCGCGCUUCUCGAUGUCUCGCCGCUUCCCGCUCUGGGCGCUGCGCGUGCGCGACCUCAUCGCGCUUCCCGACAAACAUUUGGCACGGCACGAGGAUCUGGCCGCGCGCGGCCUGCUGCACGAAAUCACGGAGGACGAUGAGUGCGUGCUCUUUGUGAGCCACACAUGGCUCGGCAGCUCCCAUCCGGACCCGGACGGCUGCAAGCUCCGCCUUCUGCGCGGACUGCUCAUGGACGGGCUCAACGGGAAGCUGGACAUCCACGAGUGGCCACUGCAGCGGCUCGUGUGGGGCGAGAUGCACAUCUCGGCCAAGCACCUCGCCGAGCACCUUGCCGACGGCUACCUUUGGAUUGACUACUGCUCGAUACCGCAAGCGGCUGAAAACGUCGAGGCGCGCCUCGACGCCAUCAGCAGCAUCGGGACCUACAUCACCUCGUGCUCGCUCUUCGUCGUACUCGCGGGCGCGUGGCGGCACGAGGGCGGCGCGCCUCGCGACUAUCGGGCCUGGAGUCGUCGCGGGUGGUGCCGGCUCGAGCAGCUUGCGAAUGCUCUCUCGCCGAUGCCAAAGUGGCAGAUCGUCGCCCAGUCCUCCUCUUCCGUCUUCACCUACGGCGGCUGCGGGCAGAUGGCCAGCAACUGGCUCGCGACUCCAGAGAUCCUGGGCCCGCGGAUCCUCGAGCUGCUCAACACGCGCGCGGCGCACGCCCUCUCCACCGGCGAGCUUCUCUGGUACCGCGUGCUCACGGCGCUCGCCGAGGCCAUCCUCGCGGGCACGGGCAGCGAGGUGGACCUCCCUCAGCAGAGUGAGCCACUCGACGCCUGGCUGCACCGCAUGCAGUUUUCCUCGCCCACCGACGGGCGCCGUUCCGGACUGACGCCGCUUCGCUUCGCAGUCCUGGCACGCCGCGGCGACCUCGCCAGCGAGCUGAUUGCGGCGGGCGCAGACGUCGAAGCGCCACUCGCGGACGGGCACCCCUCGUUCGACUUUAUCCGAGGCGAGACCAUUCUGUACCGGCUGUGCCGCUUUCGCGAUGCGCCCGAGCUGGUCAGUAUGCUCCUCGACGCUGGCGCGGACCCGACGCGGCACGAUAAGGAAGUUGGUGCGACCCCGCUCCACACCGCCCUCGCUGGCGGCCACGCCGGCAACAUCCGUGUCCUGAUGGAGCGCUGCGGCGGCGCCAUGCUGCGCUCCGUCACCGCUUUCGGCGAUUUGCCGGUGGGCAUCGCCGCCUUGUUUGGCCGCAAGGACGGCAUCCAGUGCUAUUUGCGCGACGCCGCGCCCGAGCAGCGGGAGGCCGUCUUCGCCAGCCUGCAGUCAGUUGACGGCUUCGGCGCUUGCCUUCUCACGGUGAACCUCUCCCUCGGCGUCGGCGACGUCGAGACGCUCGACUUUUGCAUCAGCCAGGGCUGCGACGUCAACCGGCGCACGCCGCGGGCGCUCUGUUCCAGCUCUUCGACGGCAGCAACCCCCCUUCUAAUGUUCAUCAGCCGCGCUGUCUGCUUGGUCUCCGACUGGCUUUCGAGGAUGGCCCCCCCAUUCUUCGAGCUCUUUGACAACAUGCCGGGCGCGGCGCCACUGCAUUUCGCAGCUCUGACGGGCAACCUCGGGGCCGUCGACUUGCUCCUCACGCGCCGCGCGGACCCGGACCUAAAGAACGCUCGCGGGCGAACGGCCCUCGCUCUGGCUGCAAUGGCGGGACACAACGACGUUGUGCUUCGCUUGCGCGCUGCCGGCGCCCGAGACAUCGAGGCGGACGGCAAGGGCGGCGGCGAGGAUCGGCGGCGUUGCUGGCUACGGUGCGUGCCGUCCAAGGAGGAGACGGCCCAGCUAGGCGAGCACUCGGCCACACUGAGGUGA